UCUAGGAAGCGAUUUCACCUGGUUUUUUCAACUUCAUUGCCCAUUAAAAUACAGCAACACUAGGUGACUCAAGUUAAAGCUAGAGGCUCGAGACUACUUGGUGAUUUGAGGAUCAUUGAUCACAUAUCCAUGUUUCCAAAUGCUGAAGCUACUUAAGAGUUGAUACUUGGGCAGUUGCAAUGUCUUCAGCAAUCCAAGCAUCGUAUCUUCCUGCUACCACCGAUUCAAUAGCACAGGCCUUGGAGGCGAAAGAUCCUUCUGAGUCUAUUUCUAUUCUCUACCAUGUUCUUGAAAAUCCUUCAUCUUCCCCGGAAGCAUUGCGUAUUAAAGAACAGGCAAUUUCAAAUCUCACAGAACUACUCACACAAGAAAGGAAAGCCGAGGAGUUGAGAAGUCUUCUGACCCAACUCAGACCCUUCUUCUCUUUAAUUCCAAAGGCAAAAACUGCAAAAAUUGUGAGGGGGAUCAUAGAUGCAGUUGCCAAGAUACCAGGAACCUCUGAUCUGCAAAUCUCUCUCUGUAAGGAAAUGGUGGAAUGGACCCGUUCAGAGAAGCGUACAUUUCUCCGGCAACGAGUUGAGGCAAGGCUUGCAGCUCUGCUAAUGGAAAACAAAGAAUAUUCUGAAGCUCUAAAUCUUCUCACUGGCCUGAUCAAGGAGGUUAGAAGAUUGGAUGAUAAGCUACUUCUGGUAGAUAUUGAUCUUUUGGAGAGCAAGCUUCACUUUUCAUUGAGAAAUUUGCCAAAGGCCAAAGCUGCACUUACUGCAGCAAGAACAGCUGCUAAUGCUAUUUACGUUCCUCCAGCGCAGCAAGGAACAAUAGAUCUUCAGAGUGGGAUCCUUCAUGCGGAGGAGAAGGAUUAUAAAACUGCCUACAGUUACUUCUUUGAAGCAUUUGAAGCAUUCAAUGCACUCGAGGAUUUCCGUGCAGUUUUUAGCCUUAAAUACAUGCUGCUGUGCAAGAUAAUGGUUAGCCAGGCUGAUGACGUUGCAGGCAUCAUCUCUUCCAAGGCUGGUUUGCAUUAUGUGGGUCCUGAUUUGGAUGCUAUGAAAGCUGUUGCUGAUGCACACUCAAAGAGAUCACUAAAAUUCUUUGAAACUGCUCUAAGAGAUUACAGGGCCCAGUUGGAGGAAGACCCAAUUGUUCACAGACAUCUAUCAUCUUUGUAUGAUACCCUAUUGGAGCAGAACUUGUGCAGGUUGAUUGAGCCUUACUCGAGGGUGGAGAUUGCUCAUGUUGCGGAGAUGAUCGAGUUGCCUGUGAAUCAUGUGGAGAAGAAGCUUUCUCAGAUGAUUCUUGACAAGAAGUUUGCAGGGACUCUUGAUCAGGGUGCUGGCUGCCUUAUCAUCUUUGAAGAUCCCAAGUCCGAUGCCAUUUUUCCUGCAACACUUGAAACAAUUGCCAACAUUGGCAAGGUCGUGGACAGCCUUUAUGUGAGGUCAGCUCGGAUCAUGGCCUGAGCUUUGGUGUUUCUCUCUCACAGGCCUUCUCGUUAAUGAAUGAGACACCAAUGGAUGAUUGAUAUUUGGUUUCUUUUAGCUUUACCUUGUUUUGUCUUGUAACAAAUCACAUCAUGCUCUCUCAAAGGUAACCUUCAUAUUUGUAAUAAGCUCUGAAAUGCAUACUCCAGACGUGACUUCGAAAUUGGUCUGCUGUCGAGCAAAACCACAUGCUGCCAUAUUUUUAUGGUUUAUUUGGAAGUUGCUGUUUGGUGGUCACGUCUAUGCGCUUAUCAGAUUAUUAAAAACAACUGGCACUUUCUUGGCU